UGCUUCGUAAUCCUGAUGAAUGAGCCGCUUCGUAAUCCUGUCAGAAUCACUGCUGCCAUCGGAGAAUCGGAGGUCGGUCCAUUGGCGGUCUCUGACUGGCUGACGUCAGGCCUGAGGUGUGCAAACUGCAGUGUCGGUGGAGGAAGGGGCUCCGUCCGUCGCUUUCGCUCGCCAAAAUUAGUGGGGAAACGGAAGAAAUGGAACGGAAGAUGUAUAAAAAGUGAGCGAUCACGCGCAGUUUCCUCCCGCUUACUGCUUCGAAUCGACGACGCUUUGCCAUCUGCUGCCUUGCCGUCUCUCGAUUCGAGUGAUCCAUCUGCGGUGCGGUGCCGUGCUUUAGCUAUCCGGCCAGCUCCGUCGAUCGUUUCCCCUCUAUCGUUCUUGGGGUGCGGAGAUGGCGGUGGAGAACAAGCACUUCAAGUACGUCAUCCUCGGCGGCGGCGUCGCGGCGGGGUACGCGGCGCGGGAGUUCGGCAAGCAGGGCGUCAAGCCUGGCGACCUCGCCAUCAUCUCCAAGGAGCCGAUGCUGCAAGACUGCCAGGGUUUCACACGUGUGUCGGGAGCGGCGGGGAGAGACUGUUGCCUGAAUGGUACUCAGAGAAAGGCAUUGAGCUGAUCCUGAGCACUGAGAUUGUCAAGGCUGAUCUUGCCUUAAAGACACUGACCAGUGCAGCUGGAGCAACCUUCACCUAUGAGACCUUGCUCAUUGCCACUGGCUCCUCGGUCAUAAAGCUCACUGACUUUGGUGUCCAAGGAGCAGAAUACAACAACAUAUUGUAUCUAAGGGAUAUCAACGAUGCUGACAAGUUGGUCGCAGCUAUGCAAGCAAAGAAGGAUGGGAAGGCUGUGGUUGUCGGAGGUGGUUACAUUGGUCUUGAGCUUAGUGCAGCCUUGAAAAUCAACAACUUUGAUGUCACUAUGGUGUACCCUGAACCGUGGUGCAUGCCCCGUCUCUUCACUGCUGGCAUUGCUCAUUUCUACGAGGGCUACUAUGCUAACAAAGGGAUCAAGCUUGUGAAGGGCACUUAUGCUGGUGGUUUCGAUGCUGAUGCGAAUGGAGAUGUUACGGCAGUCAAGCUGAAGGACGGAAGAGUGCUCGAAGCUGACAUUGUCAUUGUCGGUGUCGGUGGCAGGCCAUUGACGGGUCUCUUUAAGGGCCAGGUUGCCGAGGAGAAAGGUGGAAUCAAGACCGAUGCAUUCUUCGAAACAAGCGUUCCCGGCGUAUACGCCAUCGGCGAUGUGGCUACCUUCCCGCUAAAGCUCUACAACGAGCAGAGGAGAGUGGAGCACGUCGACCACGCCCGGAAGUCAGCCGAGCAGGCCGUGAGGGCCAUCAAGGCGAAGGAGUCCGGUGAGUCAGUCGCCGAGUACGACUACCUGCCCUACUUCUACUCUCGGGCGUUCGACGCCGCGUGGCAGUUCUACGGCGACAACGUCGGCGACGACGUGCUGUUCGGCGAUAACGACCCGGCCGCGGCAAAGCCCAAGUUCGGCAGUUACUGGGUCAAGGACGGCAGGGUCGUCGGCGUGUUCCUGGAGGGCGGGUCGGCCGACGAGAACCAGACCAUUGCCAGGGUCGCCAGGGCCCAGCCGCCGGUGGCCGACGUCGAGGUGCUCAAGAAGGACGGGCUCGACUUCGCUGCCAAAGUCUGAGCUCUUCUGCAGGUGUAAAGAACUUAUGCCAGUUUUAGCCUCUCUCUUGGCACUCUUUAUUAAAGCUUUCAUCACUUCGAUGCUUCAUACUUCAUAUAGUUGUUAGUUCCUACAUAAAAAAAAAAAAAAUUGAAUUGUGAUUGAGAUGUUGAGAGUAGAACCGCUGUGGCAUGAUCCGAAUAAUGUAUGUAAUUUCUAGCAUCUUUGUUCAUAGUUUGUAUACUGUAUCGAAUUCGGCAUUUCUUACUUCUUGCUACCUUUUUAUUGCCAUCUUUCUGAUGGUCGAUCAAAUUGCAGUUAAAACAAA